AUGCGCUCACUACAGCAUGAACGUAUUCUGCAUGCUCACGACACAUACGCUCACGGUACAUACGCUCACCACACAUACGCUCACGACACGUACGCUCACCACACAUACGCUCACCACACAUACGCUCACCACACAUACGCUCACGACACAUACGCUCACAACACAUACGCUCACGACACAUACGCUCACGACACAUACGCUCACGACACAUACGCUCACGACACAUACGCUCACCACACAUAUGCUCACCACACUUACACAUACGCUCACCACACAUACGCUCACCACACAUACGCUCACAACACAUACGCUCACCGCACAUACGCUCACCACACAUACGCUCACCACACAUACGCUCACGAAACAUACGCUCACCACACAUACGCUCACCACACAUACGCUCACCACACAUACGCUCACCACACAUACGCUCACGACACAUACGCUCACCACGCUCACCACACAUACGCUCACCACACAUACGCUCACGAAACAUACGCUCACCACACAUACGCUCACGACACAUACGCUCACCACACAUACGCUCACCACACAUACGCUCACGACACAUACGCUCACCACACAUACGCUCACCACAUCACGACCACGACGCACGGUGCGACGCUGUAA